AUAUGACGAUAAGGAAAACAUUGUGUAGUCUGUUGCUUGCACUGAAAUUUGUUGCUCUGUGCUUGCUGUGAACGUGUGCCCGUUCUGGAUCUGUGUGACAUGGAUUUCUUUUCACUGCCACACUUUCCUCACCACUUUCCAGAAGAACUACAGGAGAAUCCCUCUUACCAGUCUGCAGCAGUGUCGGCACUACACAGCAGGAGAGAGCAGUAGUGCUUCCAAAGUGGUUGUUGCUGGCUUGCUGACAGUAAGUGGUGGCAUUGGAGGGACCGUACUCUACGCCAAAUGGGACCAUAAGUUCAGAGCAGCGGUUGAGAAGAACGUCCCGUACUCAGACUGGCUGCUGGGUUUGGCCUUGGGACCCGCUGCCCAAGAUCCUGGCCUCCCCAUAAAGAAACGGGUGGAGUUGGCCCAGCCGCCCUCUAUGAUAGAAAAACAAGUGAAGAAGUCGGCGAAGAAGGAGGGAGCCGAGGGUCCGGUCAAAGACUCCAGCCCCGCCCCCAGUCAGCCUGCACAGAGCCUACAGGCCCCAGCAGAAGCCUCUCAGGAGGCCUCAGCAGAGGCGACUCAUAUCAUCUCAGCCAUCGGUGAGGUCCCAUCAGUCCCUGCUCCAUGUGACACAGAGGCAGCAGCAGUCAAAGAGUGCAAUGAGUGCCAUGAACACAAGGAGGCGACAGCGGUCCAUCCUGCACCCACAGAACCAAUGAAAGAGCGUCCAGUAGAAGAAGUGGCUGCUAGACUUGCUCAACAAGAGCAGGAGGAACAGGAUAUUUCAGCAUCGGUAUCAGCCAGUCUUGAAGACUCACUGGCGAGCUCAGCCAAAGCUACUCUGCAGGCCAUAGGAGCGCAAGAAGCAGCCCUGCAGGCUAUCAUGCAGCACACAGACAAACUGAAGGAGGCUAUGGAAGCAGAGGUUCUUCCUGAGGAGAAGUCAAACCAGUGGAAGGACCUGGAAGCUGCUCUUGCUGAUAGAACCACGGCUUUGAACGAUGCCAGAGCCGCUCUGUCGAAAGCCAACGAGUCCUUGGACAGUCUCAGGUCAGUGAUUGACGAGUCCAAAGGGCUGAAGAUAUCCUCUGUUCGCCCGCUGGUUUUAGCAGCAGAGGAGAAUCUCCAUAACAUGGUUGUGGACUUGGACAAAAUGGUCAUGAAGGUUCAGUCUGCAGAGUCAGAGGCUAAGAUCGUCUCCCAGUACAGUGAACUGGUUAACGAAGCCAAACGACAGUUUCAAAGGGAAGUCAGCAGUCUCACUCCAGAGAUCCAGGCCAACUGGAAAGGGCUCAGUAAGAGCACGCAUACACACUCAAACACGUGUCUUUACACACACAAAGUUUGAUUCGAUUUGUUCAGCUGGACAUUGUGUUUUCAUUGGUCGCUAAUCGGACUAACGAUGGGCCUGAGGUCAGUUUCAUGAGUGUUAAUAUGGAAACUGUCAUGUGUAGUGAUGAAUGGCCAUGAGUACGAUUGACAGAGUUGGUGGAAGGGCUGCAAUCACAGCAUUGUAAGACGGUGACAGAUGUACCUUUAAGCACCUGCUCGACUCCCAGAUGGUCGACGUGCACGUGCAGCCUCAGGCCUCUAACCACAGAGAUGUUACGUGUAGCCUGCUA